GUGAAAGAUUAGAAGAACGAGACAUAUUGUGGAUCGUCUCAAUAUGAAUAAAAUCAUGCAGACACGAAACACCAUCAAGGUUUGCAUUUUUAUAUCGUGGAUUCGGCACGUGAGGUAGAUUGUUCAAAUUUUGUUUUGCAAUUUUAGGAGUUGUAUAAUGAAUUAAUGAUAAGCUAGUGUUGGUAAUUUCUAAUCACCACAUCCCUAUCGCUCAUGUUGUUAAAUCAAGAGGACCAUAUACUCAUUGAUGUAGCUCCAUCAAAACCAAUUAAAGCCUCCAUAUGUCUCACAUCGUGAAGUUGGCAAAGAUAUUACUAGAGCAUGAGCUGUGAGAUACUCUUUGGAGCAUCUACAAAAGAGAGAGAAGGUCCAAUUGAGAAGUAGAGAGAAAACGACUAAUAAUAAUGGAGUUUUUUUUUUCAAGGCUCCCAAUGAUGUGGCUGAUGAGUGCAUCCACCCCAUAUGCUAUAGUCAUACUAGUGCAUGAUUAUGCAAUGCCACAUUAUUUUUGAAGGGGGGAAACUUUGGGUAGUGGGUCUAAAAUUGGUCUUUUAUGAACCCAUUAUUGCUUGCCUUGUCUAAUGCUGUCUUGCCUUUUAUUUUUUUAACUUCUAGGUUGGUAUGGUAGGAAACAUCUAUUAUUACACACCUCUCCUCACUCACUCUCAUUCUUUGCAUCGUUUUUCUUCACUUUUGGAAUACAUAAUAAUGAUGCAUUCGAUUCGAGGUGUUAGAUCCAAAUCACUAUGAGUAGGGUUGUGUGGCCAGGUGGUCUACCAUUGUUUUAGAUCUACUUAAUUAAGACUUGGGGUUAUUAGUAGGAACAAAAGGUUGUGUAUUUUGAUCAUUAGACAAAUUUAUGCACAUGUCAUGUAGAUCAUAUAUACAUUAAUAAUGGUCAUAAAAUGUUUCUACGUAGAAUUGCGCUUUUCAGUUACAAUUAUAGUCAAAAUCUAUUCUUAACAGUUUAAAAGCUUACAUUUUUAUGCUUCUGGGUUACCGAAACGCUUCUAAAUAGAAUAGCGACUUUGACUGUAUUGAUCAUCACAGUCUGCCAGGAAUUUAUAUACCAUUGGAACUUACUUUCUUAAUCAUCCACCCAUUAUCAUGGCGUACCAAAAAAAAUUAUGUCAUUUUGAGGACUCGAUAGUCUAAGAGACAUUCUAUAUUAUACUCUAAAGUGUAGGUGCUUCAAUAUACAAAUUGAACCAGUAUCAUAACGUUAAAGGCACAAGUUCAAUUUGUGUCAUUAAGGAAUUUGUACAUUUAUGUUAUGAUACAAGGGCAGUUCGUACCAUAAUCUAAAGGUACAUAUUCAGUUUGUACCUUUAUGUUAUGGUAUAAGUUUAGUUAAUACCAUAACGUAUAAGUAAAAAUGUGAUUUGUAUCCUAAAGAAUUUUUUUACAAAAAUGUAUAUGUAAAUAUUGAAAAUGACCAGUUAGGCAGUUAUGCAGAAGAUAAAUACUAGAGUUGACCAGCCAGUUGUGCAGGAAAUAAAUUUUAGAGAUGACUAGUUGAACUGGAGAUGAUCAAUUUUAACGAAAAUAAAUACUGCAGAUUACCAGUUUUAAGUAACUAAAUGUGGAAAGUAAAUAUAAGUUGAAGACGAUUCAAAAAGAUGAAGUAAAAUUGAUAGUUCAAUAGACUUCUUACAUAUAAAUUAUUGAGAGAAGAUGAUGGAAGGAAGAUUUACAAGAGAGCAAUUUCCACUCAAAACAGCUCUACUUCGAUAAGUUGAUUAGUUUGUUUAAUAGUGAAGUAGUGAUUGGAAACUUGAAACUCACUACUAAGGAAUAAUUUUUUUUUUCUCAAACGGUUAAGUCGGUAAAAUGAAAUUCUUUUGUGAGGUUGAUUUUUUAUUUAAUUAAUUUCUUGGAAAUGUUUUGAGAAAAGAGGAAACAAGCACAUAGAAAAAGAGUGUUUUCAUCUUGUUAGGAAAAACAGAAAAAACUUUUGAUAUUUUAUUUUUCCUGACCAGAAAGAUGGACGGUUCAUCCAAUCGAUCAACCUACCCAUACACCUUGUUUUCAUGGCCGAAAGUGACAACAUCUCACGUCAAUGUCAAAACUGCUCCCGUUUCCCGGUAGCCUUAAUAAUUAAAGGCUUAAGUAGCUUUCUCAAGAAACCCAAAUAAUUAAGCACAAAUUAGUUCCCUUUCUUAACUUACCCAACACUCUAGUGCUCCCUUCAAAUCCUUGGUUAACUGCAGAACCAAAUUUUAGUUUUGGACAAUCGUAGUAAUGAAUUUCAAAGCAACAACAGAAAAUAUGGUUUAACUAAAACGAAAAAAAAAAAACAAACCAUGAAGUUACGAGUUCACACAGAUUUGCAAUACCUUGUGGUUUAAUCAAUUGUUACUAUUGAAAUUCAUAAAAAUUCCAACACAAAAAAUCUACAAUCAUAUCAAGAAUUAAUUGUUUCUAAUUAUUCGAAUUACGAAAAAAAUUAAUAAAAACAAAUCUUAUAUCUUUCCAUCACCGUUCUGAGUUCUACUCUGCACCAUUCCUUUAAUUUUUAUCCAUUCUCUUACUCUAAUUUUCCCGUCUUUGUACCGUGUGAGUUAUACGAUCCGAAAAGCCUUUUUACCAUAAUCUAAAUUGAUUGUCAAUUUUUCAGCGACAUAACACGAUUGAAACACAAUUUCAGCAUAAAAUAUCCUACCACUAACUUUUUCCUAUACACCCAGUUUUACUUUUACCGUCCUUACUAAUUACCCUCUACCGAUGCUAGAACCAAACUGGAGUUACUUUACCAUGAGUCCAUGACCACUCUAUUAACCUGCCUUUUUCUUUUCCUUUUUAAAAAAAAUAAAAAAAUCCCAACCAAUUGGUAAUUGGCAUUUGGCAAAGAGGAGAAGGAACUUGAAAAUGAGAGACAGAGAGAGAAGACGAAAAGAGUGGGGGUGACGUGGGCAUUAAAAGACCCCGUGGCCGCAAGCAACGGCCAAGAUUCGCUCUCAUGUCCCCUUUAUUUAUUUUAUUAAUUAAUUAAUUAAUUAAUCAUUUCCCUUUAUUUCUUUUAGCCUUUUUUUUCUUUUCUUUUUUCUUAUGCUUUUGCUUCUCUCUCCAUACAUCCAGCUGCCAUCACCACUUUUAUUAUCAUUCUCCUCUCCACAGCUCCCACACUCCUCCAUCUCUCCUCCUCCUCCUCCCAACUUCUCCACAACUAUAUAACAAAAGAGAAGAAAAGCUCCCAAAAAAAGAUGAUGCAGCUGGGAAAGCGGCCACGGCCAGCCAUGGCGAUGAGGAGAACCACCAGCAUGACCGGCAUCACCAUCGACGUUCUCGACCCUCCGCCGCCGUCAGAUUCAUUGACGAACGGGGGCUCUCACAACAUCAAUAAUAAAACGAUUGACCUGACGGUGGACAACCAUUACUUGGCGAGCAUGGUGUCGCCAAGGAAUAGUUUGAUGAACCAUCAUAACAAUCCCCACCACCACCACCACUUGAGAAGCGUGUCGUUGGAGUCCACGGCUCAUUUCUUGAGGACAUGUGGUCUCUGCCAGCGCCGCCUCGCUCCCUCCAACGAUAUUUACAUGUACAGGGGGGAUACAGGAUUUUGUAGUCUAGAGUGUAGAGAGGAGCAGAUGAAGAAGGAUGCGAGGAAGGAGAAGUAUCAACAGCGGAGUAAACUAUCCGCGGUUACUAAUUCCUCCGGUAUGAACAGAGACGAUAUUAUUACGAUUGGAGGCGGUCAUCAUCCCACUUCGUCGCCAGUUCCCACUUCUACAUCUUAGCUAGCAAGCUUUCAAUCUCAUCAUCUACCCCUGAUCGGUCGAGUAUAUAACAUAAAACCUUUACUUGAUCGAUCGUUCUUGUUUCGAGGAUCGAAUCAAUCAAAUCGUGAGAGAGCGAGCGAGAACGAGAUUGCAAGCUCAAAGAAAAAAAAGAGAAAUUUAUGCAUGGUGUGAAGGAAGAAAGCUAAACUCCUCAAUUCGAUGGUAAACCAACCAUGUGAUGCCCUGUUCUGUAUUUUGCUUUUCUCUCGAAAUUUUUCUCAUAGGGUUUUGCGAUAAGGAGACGAAUUUAACGAUGUGAGAAGAUCAUAUGGUGGUGGCGUUUUGUGGUGGAAAAAAGGGGUGAGGAAGAGUUGAUUAAUGGUGUACUAAAUAUGUAUGGCAAGGGGUUUGUGCAGAUCUUGUAACUUGUAAGUUUAUGCAGCUAAGGGUGUGAUGGUUUCUCAGCCUUUGAGGCCAAAGUGUAAAUCAUCAAUCGUCAUGUAUUUAGUAAUGAAUGGAUGGAGAUUGGCAAAAAGUGAUGAGAAAUUUGGAUAUCUUUCUGGAGUUCAUAAUACUAUAUGAUGAAUAUAUAUUUGCCUCUUUAUUUCUUCACAUACUUUUGGUACGUAUCAUCUCCCUUUUUUCACCACUUGAUGUUAGGGCAUCUUUCUUCCUUUUUUAUUUCUCGAUAUUUGUUUCCAGUUGACCUAGGAAUACAAUUUACGGCCGAUGUUUUGUUAACAUCUUUGGUAGCUUUCUCAAGUUCCUCUAUGGUUCCGAUCAUUGAUGAACAUGUUAAUAAAUUGAAACUAUUACG